AUGUCGCCAGCCAAACCAGCGUCAAGGUUACAAUCGGUCGGCGUAGGGCUGCUAGCCAUCAUAGCAGCUUUCCUCCUCUUCUGGCCCGGCCCCGGUGACGUUCCCCGGCGUCGCCUCGCCUUCAAACCUCUGAACAAGGCGCAGAUAUUCAAGAGCCCGUUCAAGGGCUUCAGCAAGGGCGUGCAGGACAUGAUUAACAAGCUCAAGCAGCGCGACCGCACCAUGGCGAAGUUCGUCGGGAACAGCGUCGAGACGAUGCCGAUCAGCGUCAACAUGACGCAGCAAGGCGUGCUCCUCGCGCUGAAAAAGGCCUGGGGAGGGAAUUUCUAUCAGUCGGAAACGUGGCUGCAGUCGGCGCAAGCCGAGCUCUGGUGGGGUGUGACGAUCAACGAAUUUGGAGCUGUUACAGCGUUGGAGUUACCACGUGCGGAGAUCACCGGCCCACUCCCGAUGCUGCUGACGAAGCUCACUGGGCUGACCUCGCUGGACCUCAGGGGGAACCACUUGAGAGGAAGCAUUCCGAAAGGGCUACUCGCGGCUUUACCCGGUCUGCAGUCGCUGUACCUCAGCGAUAAUAACCUCGUUGGCGAGUUUCCUUUUAACGAGGUUUUCAGGAGGCCGGUUGUUCCCAUGGCGAUGUUGCAAAUUGACGGUAACGUCUUCACGGGGACCAUCGCCGACGACGUUUUCGCGAAUGCGACGUCGCUGCAGUCGCUCGGCCUCUCCGCCAACAAGUUCUCCGGGGCGAUUCCCUCCAGCCUCGGCAACUGUCGGCAAAUCUCAGCCAUCGAUCUGAGCGACAACCAGUUUACGGGGCAGAUUCCAGGAAGCAUAGCUGGCCUCCCUGCACUGUCAAUCUUCGACGUCGGUCAGAACAAACUUUCUGGGGUCAUUCCGGAUUUCUUGGGCAACUUCCCAAACAUGAUGAACCUCGACUUGAGCAACAACCAGUUCUACGGGGUCGUUCCGGCAACAUUUUCCAAGUUCGGGCAGACUUUGCGGGCAGUGAAGCUGGCCAACAAUUUUCUCACGGGUCCACUGCCUCAAUUUCCGAACCUUGGGCAGGGCUGUGGCUCUCCGGGUCCUGAUGGCUCCGACAGCAUCUCGUGCUACAUGUUCAGCGUUCUCCUGGACUUAUCCGGUAAUUAUUUUGAGGGCAGCACGCAGUUGACUAUUCAGGUGCCCGGGUCGGAGGACUACCCUGGCACAUCUCAAGUCUGCCCUGCUGAGUAUCCUGAGAAGGUUCUGGUGGAGGGGAACUGUCUCACGACUGACGGUGUGGGGGAUGCGGAGUGUACAGCUGAGGGUCAGAGGCUUCCUGAGCAGUGUAGCGCGUUCUGCGGAACAGGGACUCCAGUGGGCCAAUGUGGCGGCAAUGGGGUGUGUGUUGUGGAUACGUCGGUGGCAGCAGCAGCCAAGCCGAAAUAUGUGUGCAAGUGUGACAACGGGUUCCAGGCUCCUGCUGGUCGGAAGCCGUGGCAGAACAAGCUCCCCAUGUGGUUGAUGCUGCCCAGGAAUCUGAAGAUGAAGAAGAAACAUUUGAGUCAAUUGAGAAGUGUAGGCAUCCAAACAUUGAAGGACUUCAGGGUGCUGUAA